UCGUCUGCCAAAAAUCGGGGCUUUUUAUAAUCCCAAACACGCCUCUUUCCAUCCCUUCUUCUCUCCGUCUUUCCCAUCUCCUCCUGAAAUUCCAAUUCCAUUUCCACCCAAUUUCCCUCUCGUUCUCUCCCUCGUUCGUCUCGCCCACUUCUCAGCCGCCGGCGUAAGUUUGAUUCGCUCGGCGAUUUCAGUUCGAAUCGAUCUCCUCGCCCCGCCGACAUCAUGAAUCCUGAAUACGAUUACUUGUUCAAGCUUCUGCUUAUUGGAGAUUCUGGUGUCGGGAAAUCAUGUCUACUUCUGCGAUUUGCUGAUGACUCUUAUCUGGACAGCUAUAUCAGUACCAUCGGAGUUGACUUCAAAAUUCGUACUGUGGAGCAAGAUGGGAAGACCAUUAAACUGCAAAUUUGGGACACAGCAGGGCAAGAACGAUUUAGGACAAUCACGAGUAGUUACUACAGGGGUGCUCAUGGCAUCAUUGUUGUUUAUGAUGUGACGGACCAGGAGAGUUUCAACAACGUAAAACAGUGGUUGAAUGAAAUUGAUCGCUAUGCUAGUGAAAAUGUGAACAAGCUUCUAGUUGGGAACAAGAGUGACCUGACUGCAAACAAAGUUGUUUCGUAUGAAACAGCGAAGGCAUUCGCUGAUGAAAUUGGGAUACCGUUCAUGGAGACUAGUGCUAAAAAUGCCUCCAAUGUAGAGGACGCUUUCAUGGCGAUGUCUGCUGCAAUCAAGACCAGGUACUUCUAUUGCUACAACAAGUACAUAAAUUUCCUUAUUCUUUGUUGCUGUGAUCUUACAGCAGUGUUGUGACUUACUUACAGGAUGGCUAGCCAACCUGCAUCAAACACGGCCAGACCUCCAACCGUCCAAAUCCGCGGACAACCCGUGAACCAGAAAUCAGGCUGCUGCUCUUCUUGAGAAGCUUAGUAACAACAGGCUAUCUGCUCGUGACGUUUAAUCUCUCGUCGUAUCAUUGUGUGGCUUAGUUCUCUAUUCUUACCGCGUUUGAUAUGGAAAAAGGAAUUACUAUUUGUUCUUUGUUUUCACCUUCCCUAUUUUUCAGUUCUGUUGAAACUUUGAUUCUCUGAAUGUAAUCUGAUUUCAGGAAGGUUAAAAUUACCAUUUGUACAAAUUAGGAAAUACUGUUGAAUGGCAGCUCUGUUUUGCAUUCUUUGAUCUCCUUUAUGUUAUAUUGUCUCCCCAGUCCUACCGUACACUCCAUGUUUAAGACAGUUUGUCAACUUUGAUUAGAUUAUGGGUUUGUCAUGAAAGUGACCUGUGUUUCAAUAAUUGCGUGGGAGAUUCCCCAAGCUGUAAGAUGCUUAUCUUUGGACUGUAGAUUGUGGG